CACAUUUUCUAUUACUAGGUCUCCCAUGUCAGACUUUGAGUUGUCUCACCCCGUCUCCUUCCUUUUAAAACUUGUUAUUGUGUCAAAUUGUCAAUAAUAGCAAUUCUCUGCCAUUCAAAUUCUUGUUUGAGUGGUUUAUUAUUUCAGGUAGUUUGUGUGCCAUGAGAAUUAUACAAGCUCUCAAAUCAAUUGGUGAGAGUGGAAGCCUUGUUUUCUAUCAAAAUCAGAAAAUAACCCAGUUGGGGAAAUCCGGCAAAAUCAACGAGGCAAUUAAAAUCUUCGAGAGUAUGACAUCUCGAAACACUGUAACAUGGAAUUCUAUGAUCUCUGCUUAUGCCAAGAAUGGUAGAAUUAAUGAUGCACGUAACCUUUUUGAGCAAAUGCCUCUUAGGAACUUGGUUUCGUGGAACACCAUGAUCUCUGGCUACUUGCAUAAUGAUAAGGUCCAUGAAGCUGCUGAAUUGUUUGAAAGAAUGUCUAGGAGGGACCUCUUUUCAUGGACUCUGAUGAUAACUUGCUACACCAGAAACGGGGAACUUGAAAAGGCUAGGAUUCUCUUUGAUCAACUUCCAGAUAAGAGAAGCCCGGUUUGUUGGAAUGCAAUGAUUGCAGGUUAUGCAAAGAACGGCCGUUUUGAAGAUGCUCGAAGAUUAUUUGAUAAGAUGCCAGUUAGGAAUUUGGUAUCAUGGAAUUCCAUGCUUGCUGCUUACAUACAAAAUGAAGAGAUGGGUCUGGCAUUGGACUUUUUUGACAAAAUGUCAGAGAGAGACGUGGUUUCUUGGAAUUUGGUAAUUGAUGGGUUUAUGCAGAUAGGUGAUUUGGAUUCUGCAAUGCAAUUCUUUCAGAGAAUUCCAAGCCCGAAUGUCAUUUCAUGGGUAACGAUGUUAAGUGGGUUUGCAAGGUAUAGCCGUAUUGAUGAGGCACGAAGAAUCUUUGAUCAGAUGCCCAUGAGAAAUGUGGUAUCUUGGAAUGCCAUGAUUUCAGGGUAUGUGCUGAACUAUCAGAUUGAUGAGGCUAUAAUUUUAUUUGAACAAAUGACAGAAAAAAAUGCAGUAUCUUGGACUACGAUGAUCAAUGGGUACGUCCGUAUUGGGAAGCUUGAGAAAGCAAGGGAGUUGCUCAAUUUAAUGCCUUACAAGAAUGUUGCAGCCCAAACUGCGAUGAUCUCUGGUUACAUACAGACCAUGCAGAUGGAAGAAGCUCGUCAAAUCUUUGAUGAGAUGGACACUAGAGAUAUUGCCUGUUGGAAUACCAUGAUUGCUGGCUAUGCUCAAUGUGGCAGAAUGGAUGAAGCUAACAAAUUAUUUAAGCAAAUGUUUAGGAAGAAUAUUAUUACAUGGAAUACAGUGAUAGCUGGUUAUGCUCAGGGAGGAGAAAUGAAUAAAGCACUUAGAAUCUUUGAGAAGAUGGAGGAGAAGAAUAUAGUUUCUUGGAAUUCUCUGAUUUCGGGUUUCACCCAAAAUGGGCUGUAUAUGGAUGGGCUUAGGCAUUUCGUAUUGAUGGGAAGAGAAGGUAAGAAACCUGAUCAGUCUACCUUUGCCAGUAGUCUUAGUGCUUGCGCUAACCUUGCAGCUCUACAAAUUGGGAAGCAAAUUCACCAUCUUGUUGUGAAGAUAGGUUAUGUUAAUGAUUUGUUUGUUGGGAAUGCAUUGAUCACAAUGUAUGCAAAGUGUGGAAGGAUCCUCAGUGCAGAACAAGUGUUCAAUGAUAUUGAUAACACUGAUAUUAUUUCUUGGAAUUCUUUGAUUUCUGGGUAUGCAUUUAAUGGGUAUGGGAAAGAUGCAAUUCAACUCUUCCAGGAGAUGUUGACUGAGGGGUUGAAUCCAGAUCAGGUGACCUUUGUUGGGCUUUUAUCUGCAUGCAGUCAUGCUGGCUUGAUUGAUGAAGGUUUAAAACUGUUUAAAUAUAUGACUGAAAAGUAUUGUAUUGAACCUUUGGCUGAACACUAUGCUUGUAUAGUUGACUUGCUUGGACGGGCAGGAAGAUUAGAAGAAGCCUAUCAACUGGUUAUGGAAAUGCCAAUCAAGGCCAAUGCAGGAACAUGGGGUGCAUUACUUGGGGCAUGCCGGUUACACAAGAACCUAAAACUUGGGAAGCUUGCUGCUGAGAAGCUUUUGGAAUUUGAGCCUUAUAAAACUUCCAAUUAUGUGCUCUUGUCAAAUAUACAUGCAGAAGCAGGUAGUUGGAAUGAAGUUGAGAAGGUGAGAAUGUUGAUGAAAGAAAAGGGAGUGGAAAAGCAACCUGGGAGCAGCUGGAUUGAGAUUAAGAAUCAAGUCAGUGUGUUUGUCUCUGAUGAUUCAGUUCUACCUAGGACAGUGGAAAUAUGUGAGAUGUUGAAGGCUUUGAUGGCACAGAUGAGGAAUGUAGAAUACAUGCCCGAAUUAGCAUUAGCCUACUGGAAUUUGGAUGACUUAUGGCAUUGCGUGAAAUAGUGAGCAACUUGAGAAAGAAAGACUGGGAUUUCAACGUUGAUCCAUGCAGCGGAAAAUCAGGACGGCAGACACAGAACAUGCAAAAGGGCUCUGAGAAUUCCAUCACCUGCAACUGCUCCAUCGCUGGAAAUACCGUCUGCCAUGUAAUCAGCAUAGUACUGAAACCCCAAAACCUACCGGCAGUGCUCCCACCAGAGUUGGUCAAGCUUCCAUACCUCCAAGAAAUAGAUCUCCUCCAUAACUGCCUUAAGGGUACAAUACCUCCAGAAUGAGGUACCAUAAAUUGGUGAAUAUGCAAGCAAUUCAGUCUUCUCAUUCUCAUUGCUUAUUUAGUUUGCAAAUCAGAGAAUUUAUCAUCUAAAUAGUUAAUCAAGAAGACUUUAUAAGCUCACUCCUUGGAAAUCAAUUGUUGGGUCCAAUCCCGAAAGAACUUGGAAACAUCACACCCUGAAAAGCCUGCAAGCUCUGAUUAUCCAGAUUUUCACACAAAAAUAUAGAUUUUUGGUUUUAAUUAGUUCGGAUUUUCAGGACCAUGGAGUUCAAUCAGCUUUCUAGAGUUCUGCCUUCAGAGCUUGGGUGUCUUGUCAAUAGGAAGAGCGUAUGGUCAUUCUUCCUUUCAACAUUUUUUAUUGGUUUUUUGUGUUCUGGGUUUCCCUUGAAUUUACAUAUACUUGAAGAAAUUAAAUGAUGAAUGAUUUUGUUUGUCUUGUAGCUACAGUAGUUCGAACCAGGAGAAGAGCAGAAGAAGAAGAAGAAGAAGAAGAGAACAGUCAAACCUGAUAGACUAAACCCUAUUAGUCGACCCUUAAUAUGGAUUAGCCUCUAAUUAGUAGUACAAAGACUAAACUACCCCCACUUAAGUAUGGGACAGGAAGUCUCUA